AUGUCAUUUCGCACCACACCUCCGCCUUGGUGUCGCUCUUCUGCCCCGUAUUGUCUUGAGGAGAUGCACGUUGGUCCGGCGCUUCUGCUCCCUUGUCUCUUCUGUCCCCCGAGUCUCGCAACGGCCAUGGGCAACUGGGUGUGGUACCGUGGAAUUGGAGCCGAGGGAAGCGCAUACGAUACACACACUCCGGAAGACAAUCGACGGUCCGCCGCGGUCAGAUGUACUGGGCUGAUUACCAUUACCAAAGCUGGUGAAUCAAACCAGACGAAACAAUGGCAUUUCUCAGUCUCUCGCACAACCGGCGAUCAGUGCACCGACCAGGGUUGGUGGCGUUUUGGCCUUGGGGCCUUGCGGCACAUUGGAAGAGUGGGUCCUUCUUCCGGAAUCACUUCCGCCGGUUUCCGGACCACCGGCGCCUGGCGAGAUCCACUCGGUGAAGCUGAGGAGCCUGAGAGGCUACACCGACCCCCCGCAGCCGAGCAAUCAAAGUCGCUCAAGUCCGCGGGACCACAGCGCGUGACGGCAAUGAGCGGCGCUGUGGUUCGAUUUGUCUCCUGGCAACCAAGGCCACGGCGCGGCAUGGCAAGACCUCACAUCACCUUACCUCGCGAUCUCAAGAUUGGUCCCACAAUGUACGGCCGAAGAAACUCCCGUUCCCGUGUGUGGCCAUCCGCUGCCGCCCUCCUAGGACCUUGUAAGCAACAGCCAACAACCAACGGCGGCCAAGAGAAUCUCGGAGUUUGA